GUAUCAUUUUCCCCUACUAGUAGUUUCACAAGAGAACCAUCACUAUCAUCCCUCCCUCACACUCACCCCUAUAAAUACAACCAUCCAAAAUCCAUUUGAAUGCAACCAUUCAUUCAUCAUUCUUCUUCUUCUCCAAACACAUUACUCUCAUUCAUCACCACCACCACCACCACCAUGUCUUCCGAUCUCUCCGUCAUUCUCCCCCGCGUCCUCAUCGUUUCUCGCCGCACCGUUCGCAAAAACAAGUUCGUCGAUUUCGUCGGCGAGUACCACCUUGAUCUCAUCGUCAGCUACGGCGCCGUCCCCGUCAUCGUCCCCCGCGUCUCCGGCGUCCACAUGCUCCUCAGCAGCUUCGAGCCAAUCCACGGCGUUCUCCUCUGCGAAGGCGAAGACAUCGACCCCGUUUGGUACGAGCACGACAGCAUGGCUUCCGGUCUCUCGCACGAAGAAUUGGACGAAAUCCGCCGCCUCCACGCCAGCGACACCGCCAUUGACAAAGAGAAGGAUUCAAUCGAGCUAAGCCUCGCUAAGCUCUGCCUCGAACGGAACAUUCCCUACAUGGGUAUUUGCAGAGGCUCUCAGGUUCUCAAUGUUGCUUGUGGCGGUUCUUUGUAUCAGGAUAUUGGGAAAGAGCUUUCUACCAAGGUGAUGCAUAUCAACUAUGAUGAUUAUGAUGGGCAUAGGCAUGGGGUGAAGGUUGUUGAGAAUACUCCUCUGUUUCAUUGGUUUAAGGAUUCUUUGGAAGAUGGGGAGAUAGAGAUAAAGGUUAAUAGCUAUCAUCAUCAGGGGGUUAAGCGAUUGGCGCAACGGUUUGUGCCAAUGGCUUUUGCCCCUGAUGGUUUGAUUGAAGGAUUUUAUGACCCUGAUGCUUAUAAUCCUGAUGAGGGGAAGUUCAUCAUGGGGUUGCAGUUUCACCCUGAGAGAAUGAGAAAGCCUGAUUCUGAGGAAUUUGAUUAUCCUGGAUGCCCUUUUGCUUACAAGGAAUUUGUGAAGGCAGUGGUUGCUUAUCAAAAGAGGCUGAAUAGUUUGACAUCUGUGCCAAAGGCUUUGAGACUCAACAAGGAAAUGGAGAACAAAAGGAAAAUCAUAGUGCGUAGCUUUUCACUUGCUAAGAACAUGUACACCAUGGGACGUGAGAAGUGUUCUUCCAAAGAGUCUGAUCUUGAAGCUGGAGCUGAAUUUCUUGAGUCAAAUACAGCUUUGAGUGUGCAGCAAGAGAAACGGUUGAAGCAAAUGGGAGCAACAGUUAGGAAUGCAGGGUCAUAUGUUGAGAGGCUGAAGCUGAAUGAGGAAAGAGAGAAGAUGGCAAGGAAUGUGAUGGGGAAAAUGUCGGUGGAGCAAUUGUCUGACUUGCUUUCUUUCUACCACACUAUGGGGCAGAUUUGUUCUCAAGUGAUGGAAAAGAAGAUAGAGAUAGUUGUGAAUGACUUCAGCUCAUGAUUUUGUCUCCUUUCCCUGGUUUGUGGUGGUGACACCAUGACAUAUUUGUUCCUUUUUUUGGUGUGUUUUGAUAGUGGAACUCACAUGAAUCCUGGGUGGCCGGUGGGGGUGCCUUUUAGUGUACAUGUUUUCAUUUUUUCCUCCUCCUGUACUUUUGGACUUGUUAUAUGUCAAUGUCUCUUUCUCUAACAAGCAAGAAAAACUGUUCCCAUCACGCCUUUUACCAAAAUA